GGCCAUUGUUGCUGGGGGCUUGACCACCGACGCGCAUCGCCAUUCUUGUGCUGCCUUGAACCCUUGUUCAUCCGGCCCCAAAUUCGACGGAGUAGCCCACACGUCUCAUCCACGUCCACAUCUGCACCCAUCGCCACUCACAGCAAGAAGGAGAAGAUGCCUGCGCAAUCAACCGAGAUGUGCGAGAACUGUCUGAUGGGAAGCCGAGAUCUGCGUCGCUGCGGAGGGUGCAACAUCACUCGAUACUGCUCCCGCGAGUGCCAAAAGUCACAUUGGAAAGAACACAAGUCGUACUGCGAGAUGAACAAAGAAAUCGUACGCAAGGCUGCCGGCCGUGGGUCCGAGUACACGGCGCGCCUGAAAUCGAUAGGGAAGUGGUCCGACGUGUGGGGUGCGGUCGUCGGGACUGCGUCGGCGCACGCGCUCGACAUCUCCGCGCACCCCGAAAACAUCGACCAGCUCGUCCUCCUGCUGCACGUCUCGUACGUCCCCCGGGCGAAGCCCCCGUACACACACAUCCUCUAUGCACACACCACCAUCCCGCUCGACGCCCUGCGGGUCUACCUCUCCUCGCCGCCGUGGUCGCUCCCGGCCCCGACGCUCAAGCAGUUCGAGCAGUCGCUGGCGCCGCGGCCCGACAUGAUCCGUGUGCUUCUCGUGGACAAGGAGGCGGGGUGGACGUACACGACGCCGUUCCUUGUGCCGCCCAAUAUGAAACCCUGGCCGCGCGAUCCCAACUGGUUCCACACCCUCAAGCACAUGGUGUCUCCGCCCUCACCGUCGCUCGGCAGGUCUGGGUAUGGGAACCGAACACAAGGGGGUGUGCAGAGCAACGGGGAAGGUCGAAGCGAUGAUCCAGAUUUCAUGAGUCUGGAAGAGUCGCUGGAAGCGCUGGCGAGGAUAUUGACUGAGGGCACGGAGUUUGCACAGCCAAAAACACAGCCACAGCUUGGCACCGAGCCUCCUCCAACUUGAUUGCAAGUUGAUUUCGACGUAUUCCUCGAGUCAGUCACUCUCCCACCAGUUCAUCCAUUCCGUACAUUCUCUCGCAUCUCACUGUAGUACCACAUGCUUUUGAGCCAAUUUACCCGAUGUACCCACACGGCAGAGAGCGACGGGUGGUCUUGUUCCAACAAGACACAAAAAUCUAUGUCUUCUGUUUGUGCCGGAAUAACUGACGGCUCUUUGACUGAGAAGCAGCAAGUAGCACAGGAAACUUGUGAAUGAAUCAAAUACGCAGAAACUUUCA